GCGAGGAAGCGGAAACGGACAUGGAGCUGCUGACCAAAGAGGUGGAGGAGCUUGGCCACUGUGAUAUGUCUCGCGGCACAAAGCGUGCUUUGCUCGGGGGCGGCGGCGACUUCAGCGCCUGGACCCUGAAGGCCUUGCCAGACAUCUGGCAGCGCCUUGAGGCGCGCCAGUGCUAUGUGGUGGCAGGAGGCUCAUCCAUGGUCGGGCGCGUGGCUGUCUGGCGUAGUCCCUGCGUGCAGCCGUCCGACAUAGAAGUGUGGGAAGCUGUGCAGUGGCCUGGCGACUUGAAAGCAGUGCCCACGAACUGCAUAGUUUGCAGCGUUCGUGGCAAAGGCAUCACGGCUCUAGCAGGAGGAGAUUCCGAUGGGGACGAUGUCGCCGUAACACUGAACCAGGACCUCGUCGAGUUUGUGGAGCACACGGAGGCCGCGGUUGCACAGCUGGACUGGGAGCAAGCGUGCAAGCCAAAAAAGGAGUUGGAAGUGGAGGCGCGGAAGCUGUUCUCCACCACGGCAGACCGGUCGCCGACGUACUUGCAGCACAUGCUCAACGUGCCGACGCCAAACGUGAGAGGGCAGGCAACGGCAUUGGCGGAGAAGUGCCAGCAGGCUGUCAUGGAAGCUCCCGGAGACAUGAGACUUCUCAUGUGCAUGCUGCAAGUUGGCUUUCUCUGCCAUGCGGCAUACGACUGCCCGAAAAAGUUUUCCGGGAAAAUGGUGCUGGCAGCAAUCCGACAGGUGAUGCGAGCUGCAGGAGUCGCUCCAACCACGCACCGCUCGACUUGGGCAGACGCAUGGCUCUUGGCGUCUCGCGGCUUGCCAAAGGCAACUCGGAAACCCUGGGAAACGGUGAAGCUGGAAACGCUACGUGACAAGACGCAGCCCCUGGGACAG